AUGGCUCCGGCUAAGCGACAGAUGUGGGUCGACAUCUACGAUCCGGAGACGGGUCACUACAACUGCCAACCAGUGGUUAAGGAUCAAUCACCCGGCCAAGCUUCCGGUGUAAAUCUACCUAAUAAGGUUCAAGAAGAGACAGCCGAUUACAGCGUCAAGCAUCCUCAGGAGAAUGCGCAUAAAACACCUGGCUUCUCGGGAGCUAACGAUAGCACCUCGGAUGAACCUACUACCACAAACUGGACUCGCCGCCCCAAUGACUCAGCUACCAGCAAAGUCAAAGCUCAACCAAUUGCCAAGGUUGAGCGUAGUCUGCGAAAGCCAGGAGGGCUAUCGCAAAGCCGUUGGGCGCCAAAGAAGGAUGCCAAUGAGGUCAAAAGCGAUCAGCAGUUUACCGCGCCUACUAGCCUAGAUGAGAGUCAACGUAACUCAAAUGCGAUUGCGAAGAAGUAUGACAAUUCAAGCAAAACCAUUGAUUCUGGCGUUGUACACGAAGCUCGUAAGGCACUCGCUACUACUACCCUAGUAGAUGCUGUGGAGAGAGACUCCCGACGUCACGACCACAUGGAUACUCAGACAAAUACGGGGUGUAAUGUCGUACCGAAGGAUCACAAGCGUGUUGAGACGGUGGAGGACGAAUUUUCACCCACUGAACAGUUUUCGUAUCUACCAAAAGAUGCCAAGAAAUACGUCAAGAAUUGGGUUCAGUCAACUCACGAGAUUACCGUGGACCUCCAUCCCGAAGGGGUUACAAACCCAGAACAAUGCGAUAUAGACCCCGAAACAGGCCGUCUCAUGGAACCGGUGAUUUCUGCUUCUGAAGUGCAUCGUAUGGCCAAGGAGAACCCGGUAGAACCUGAAGAUAAUACCAAGCCUAUCGAGGAAGACGCAUUGCCCGAGGAACUCAAGCCGAAGAGGGAAUAUAGAAGUGAAGAUGACGUGCCUAGGCAGCGCCUUGAAGUUCCCUUAGUCUACCCCGAGCACGCCUCCAAUCCGCGUGAGAUCAGAGUGCCGUGUCACCUCCGGCCGGCCAGGAGAGACGACAUGAUGCAGGUAGCGGCAUUGUAUAAUGAAGAGAUGGACGCCAGUUAUAAGACACCGGACAAGCGACCAGUCGGCCAUCAUAAGUGGUUCGGCGUCUAUGAUGGGUGCCGCACCGAGAACAUGCCGUUUUUCGUUGCCGUUGAUGGCUGGUAUAAUACCGCCGCUGAGAACAAUGGACCCGUCAUUGCGUUUGCCGUGAUGGACGUAGCCGUCAGGGGCAUCUUUGGCUCCUACAAAACGUAUGCAGCGCCCUGUGGGAAACUCACGGUGGUUGUACAUCCUGAUUACCGUCGUCAGAAUGUAUGCUCGGCGUUGCUUGACGCGGUCUUUAGCUGCUGCUCGACAUAUUAUACAUCGCGAGAGGGGUACGAGUUCGUGAACAAAGACAAAGACCGUAGAUACAUGACUCCGGAAAACAAUGUACGCCAAUGGAGUUAUAUCGACAUUGAAGUUGUUGUUCCCAGUGGAUCUUCAAAAAGGGAGGUCGAGCAGGACGAACGGUUCAAGUGGGUCGCAACUUACUUGAGCAAGUAUUUCGACAUGUCGGUCGUUUACCACGACGAAAAGCUAUUCAAAGAUGAUCGAUACAAAAACCUAUGGCUCGACAGAAUUACCUUCCGACACCAAUGCCGACCCCGAGGAUCUUGA